GAUUUCUUGGGUUUUAAACGUUGCAUGAAACGUUCACUAAAGGUCACAUGGAUUCAAGACUGCCUUCAUCGUCAUAAGCAACAAUAAAAAGAUUGAUUCCUGGACCACUAUCUCACCAGCUAUAGGGCUAUAAUUCAUCACCGCCUACACUGCAUCAAUCCCCUUUGUGACACCUACGACCUUCAAAUGAACAUCCUCCACAACCUUAACCUCAACAAUUCUCGAAUGCGUACAGACUAAAUCAACACACAAAACUGAGCACCAAGAACGAGAUACCCAAAGAUGGAUGUAGACGAUGAGCGGUCGCUUUCACCACUAUCACAAUUCAGUGAUGGUGGAGCAAAUGGAAAAGAAUCACCAAGUUCAGGACCAAUACGUAAAACUGAUCCAUCCACCUCUACUUCUGCACGUUCAACCGGAGGAGGAUCUUCAUCUUCAAAAGCUUCAAUCGCAGCACCCGUAAAGAGUGCAUGUACAUUUUGUCGUUCACGUAAAUCAAGAUGUAACGGUAAACAACCUUGUGCAGCUUGCAUAAAUCGAGGAAGAACGGAUGAUUGUGUUUAUACAAUCUCAAGAAGGGGUGGCAAACCUAAACCAAAAGGUGAAAAGAUGGAACCGUUGGAAAUGCAUUUGGAAAAGUUGUUGGGUUUGUCUGAAUUGCCACAUCUUGUUCGUAUCCCUAAUGCUAUGCCACAAUUGCAAUCUUUUCAACAAGAUCAAGGCAACGAUUUCGAUCCUUAUCAAGGUAUCGAUCCAACUCGUAUGCUUCAACAACAGCAGAAUAAUAACGCAGGAAUGGGAUACGGUACACCUCAAUACCAACAGCAGCAGCAGGCAACCAUUGGCUCUCCGAUGAACUUGUUUCAAUCUCCAGCGAUCAGUUCGGCCACGCCUUCUGCUAAGUCUCUCGUGAAAGAUUAUUAUACGCACAUCUAUCGAUUCGUUCCAGUUCUACCCGAUCCGAAAUUCAUUGAUGCAUUGACGAAUUGCAUUCAACCAGGCUCUCCACUGUUGCUCUCGCUGCAAUGCGUCAUACCAAUCUUGCGAGACCAAACGCUUUUGCCUCAACAACAGCCAUUCACCACACCUGAAGCGAAGAAGGAUGCUAUUCGGGCGGAGGCGUUAUUCUAUGCUAAGCAAGCAUAUGAUGCAAUUGAUGAAGUUUUGGAAAGGGUUGAACAAGAGCAGGACAAAGAGGAUGCCAGUAUUUUGGAAGUCAUUCAAGCUUUGUGCAUUUUGGUAAUUUAUGAAUACGGAAGUGGAAGGGCGUUGAAGUCGAGGUUGAAGGUGGAUGCUGCUCUGACCCUGGCUAUGUCAAAGGGACUGCAUCGGCUGUCCUCAACAUCCUCGCGACCCAUCAAAGCAUCUGACCAAGGACUGAAUGGUCAAGGCUUUGGUGCAGGUCAGCAUUACCUCACCCAACUUCCAGACGAAGAAGUGUACGAAGUGAAAAAGCGAACAUGGUGGAAUUUGUGGAUGUUGGCAAUGUGGACUGCAUACAAUACAGGACGCAUACCUACAGUACGUGCAGAUGAUUCAAGGGUUACAAGUGAACUUCCUUUUUCGCCUAAUGGUAAUGUGAAUUUGUGGCCAAACGUUAUAUCUUCUUUGCAAGGCUUACUUUUGGUUCAAGAUAGGGUGCUUUCGCUUGCCCAUAUUGAACAUGGUCGAUUGCCGUCCAACGGUAUUCAAGAUCCAUCAGCAUUUGGACAGGAUGGCACUAGACAGAAUGGUAGCGGUGGCAGACAUCAUGAAAUACCUCAAACAUUCUCGGGUCAGCCAACACUUUCGAGUAAGGAAGAAAUCUUGCGAUCGAUGGUGGAGCUGGAUGAGAAUAUUCAAAAGAAGAUGCUUGAGCUAGAACAAACGACGUAUGGAAUCGUCGGACCUUCAGAAGGUAUUUCAGCACACAAUGCCAACGAGGAUGAAACACAGAGAAUACUGAAGUUCCUUUGGGCCAUUCAAUUGUACACAACCAGUUUGACAUUGCAUAUCGGACAAGCAUUCCAUGGUGCUUCGUUAUUUGAGCGUAAGUUGUGCUUCUUGAGCAGCAUUAGCGAAUCGGCAAGUGAUCCAGCUGCUUGUCAAGUGCCAAUGCCAAACGCUUUUGAUGGUGGCAAUUCAUCUUCCAAUCCUGCUAUCGAUCCAGUUUCGAUGGCGCCCAUGAUGGAUGUGUAUGCUCGCGGUCCUUUCAAACCUCGUGAUAGCUUAAAGAGAUGCGUUGAUGCAAGUGACAAGCUACUGUCAAUCUCACGCAAUCUACGUAAAAGUGAAGGUCAUAUGGCUUCCCCUAAUCCUUUCAACGCUUGUAGCUUUGUUUUGAUCAGCUUUGUUUGUUUGAUGCAGGCUUUGGCGAUCUCUACAUCUUCAAUGCAAGAAGAAGAUCCAAUGUUAGCUGCAAGUUUGGAUGGAGCAAACGAAGAUGGAACUUUUGGACAGAAUUCAGCUUCACAAGGAUCUACAUCUACUUCAACUUUGUUGAGAACUGCACAAAGUGCGGCAGCAUUAACGCCUGCCGGACAAGCAGGAUCAGCGAAUGGAAUUGGAUCUCCACCUUCAUUGUUCGGAGCCGGUGUUGGCGGUGGGGAUGCAACUACUGCACGACCAUCACAACAAGCACAAUUACAAAACAUUUGGGCACGUGUAAAAGAAGCAAGGGAUGCUUUACAAGGUUUAUCGAAAUAUUGGGAUAUGGUUAUACCAAUGCGUGAAGAAGUUACAGGUUGUUUACAAGCCAGUCAAUUUUUGUUAAGUCAACAUCCAAAUCCUGAACAAAGUAUGCCGACACAACCGUUUUCUAUGUAAUCUACUAUGUACCCUUUUCCUCUGCUCUUUACACCCUUUCUACUUUUUGUAUUCUAUCUCUCUUGGACGCCAUUGUUCAUGUCCAUGUAUAUCUCGCAAUAUAUUGAACUUCGAUCUUACCUGCCCGCUCUCAUGAGAAUGUGUCUAUAUCCAAUCACCUGUUAU